AUUUUUCUUCCGGUUGACUCUGGAUUGCUGGUAAAUCUUCGGAAAAAUAUCGAUAUGGUUCGUUCGUUUCUGCAAGGCUUACCAUCGCUGUACGAAUGGAACUCUUCGACACAGUGCUGCAUUGGAGCAGCGCUAAAUGCAGCAUACGAACUCAUCGUUUUGUUGCAGGAAGUGUUGAAUUUGUCGCCAGCCAGCGAUUACUAUAAAAGUUUGGCACUGGAGUGUACGGGCCAUCAGGCUGCCGUUGACUUAUUUUUACUGAGUAGUCGCUAUGCCGAUUUGUCAACGCUCGGUGGGUUUUGA